CAGAUAAGAGGAGAUAUGUAUAAAGAGAGGUUAGGUUCAAGUUUAAGUCCUAACAUAACACUAGUUUGAUAAAACGAAUUACAAUCGGUGUGUAUCAAAUAUGUCUUUCAAAAACGAGUAUUUUCCUGAUGAACAUCCUAGAAAUUUGAUACCUGAGUUAUGCAGACAAUUUUACAAUUUAGGUUGGGUUACGGGAACUGGCGGUGGUAUCAGCAUUAAACAUGAAGACCAAAUCUAUAUCGCUCCUUCGGCCGUUCAAAAAGAAAGAAUCCUGCCAGAGGAUAUGUUCGUACAAACCAUUGAUAACGAAGACAUAGAAGUACCACCUCCAGGGAAGAAACUAAAGAAGAGCCAAUGCACUCCGCUCUUCAUGUGCGCCUACACUAUGCGAAAUGCAGGGGCUGUUAUACAUACUCAUUCAAAGGCCGCCGUUUUAGCCACUUUAAUAUUUCCGGGUAACGAGUUCGAAUGUUCUCAUUUGGAGAUGAUUAAAGGUAUUAGAAACCAGGAAACGGGCGUCAAUUUCAGAUACGAUGAAAAACUAGUUGUUCCCAUAAUUGAAAACACUCCUUUCGAAGAGGAUUUGAAAGAAUCAUUGGCAGAGGCUAUUAAAAAGUAUCCUCAUACUUGCGCAGUUUUAGUCCGGAGACAUGGGGUUUACGUUUGGGGGGACACUUGGCAGCAGGCGAAAACGAUGACUGAAUGUUACGAUUAUCUAUUCGACAUAGUAGUUAAAAUGAAACAAAUCGGUAUCUCACUUUAGCCAUCACGACUUGAAAAUGAUGAAUAAUGGACUUGAAUAAACGUGUAUGCAGACAUUGACAGCCUCAUGGGAAACUGAACGUAAUCCUGCCUUUUCGACAUGCCACUGGAUGACCAAGUGUUUCGAGAAAUAUGAAUGCACAAGCAAACCGUUUAGGAUUUUCACUUGUUUGGACAAAAUGGGGGGCUUAGCCGGAUCUCUGUUUCUGUUACAACCUUCGCACUGGACAUCAUUUACAACUUCAGGAGUGACGAAAUUGGUUAACAAUUGAUGCAAUUUGUGCCUUCCCCAACCAAUAUCGCCCGCAAUCGUCGGCAAAGCAAGAGAAAGGCUUUCGAAUUUGUCAUAUCGAACAGCAGACUAUAAAAAAAUAUACAAACAACCGCACUUUACAAACCUUUAUCACUUACCUUAAAACCGCAAUCGGUGCACCUCAGUUGGCUGGUCAAGGUGCCAGUAAAAGGAUGACUAACCGGUUGUUGAGGAGGUCCAGACAUUUGCAGUGCUCUGCAAGACCUAGAGAUCCACCGGUUUCUCCUAAUGGCACCUCCUCUCCAUCCGGCACUCAUGGGCCUGCAUAGCUCAUUCAAAGACAUAACGCUACCCAACGAAUCGUAAUCGCCAGCCUGUUCUCCUUGAUCAUCUUCGAAUUCCAGUUCGUUCAUACCCAAUGCAUCCG